AUGAAGGCGAUAUAUUUAGUACUAGUGUACGUGGGUGUGGUCGCCUCAAAGCCCACCGGUGGUGAGGAUGACGUCAUCGGUUCCGUCAUCGGAGUGGUGAAGAACUGUGCAGAGGAAGAUGUCUCGUUGUGCCUUAAGGAGCGGGCGCUCAAGUACGCCGAGAACUUGGCAGCGGCGCGGGAGGUGAACAUUGCCGAUGGCAUCAGCCUCAUCGGGACCGGAUCCUCAAGGUCCGCCAGGUCCUUCGAACCCCUGGCCGAGGAACCCAGGGCCAGGGAGAGCCAGGUGGAGACCAGGUUGCUCGACGCUGCCCUGGACUUCUUGGAUAACCACGUGAUCCAGCUCAGGGUUCCGAAAGGCGCCGUGGAAGACGUAAAGAGAUCGCUUGAGGAAGGUCGUGGCAAGAAGAAGAAGCUUAAGCAGCUGCUGCCAAUCUUCGCUCUGCUGCAGUUGAAGAUCCAGUCGCUCAUUCCACUGUUCCUGGGGAUAAUCGCCUUCGCAGCGGUCAAGGGUCUGAUGCUCGCAAAGGCAGCUCUCUUAGCAUCCGCACUGCUGCUUCUGAAAAAGCUUUUGUCCAAGAACGAACACCACGAGAGCUACGAGGUGGUGGCGCACCCACACCACGACGAGCACUUAAGCCACGGCGGCCACGGGGGCUGGGGCAGGUCCUCCCAAGACGGCCAGGCCCUCGCCUACAGCGCCUACUCCAAC